GUAUUUUUACUUUUGUGCAUGAAGGCUGGAUACUGUGCGGUACUUAACUAAAGGUAACUUGUAGUGCAAAGGCACAGUGCUACAUGGAAACCAUCGAAAGCAUUGCGGCAAAUACUGCUCUUGUUAGAGCCAGAGAAGGUGGAGGAAGGAGCUGGAAAUGGAAAGAAAUGCUUCGCUUUCCUAACAUUAGCCAGUGCAAAGACCUGGCCAUGAACAUAGAACGAGACUACUAUAGUCUAUGUGUGAAGGAGCCUAUUGGCAAGAAACUGUUUCAGCUCUUCUGUCGGAGUCGGCCUGAUCUGCAGAACUACAUUUCCCUCCAGGAUGCUUUGGACGACUUUGACAUUCAGUCAGAUGACAAAAGGAAAGAGUCUGGGAACAGGAUCAUCCAGAGAUUCCUCAUGAAGCAGUCCAGUGAGUGUGUGUCCAUCCUACUGAGGCAUGAAAGAAGCUGCAAACAGAGUCUGGAGCUCAAUCCCUGUGGUGAUGUCUUUCAUGGCUGCAGGGAAGACCUACAUAAAUACCUCAGCAACGAGCCCUUCGCCCAGUACCAGGACAGCAUGUUCUUUGCCCGCUUUCUACAAUGGAAACAGUUGGAGAGGCAGCCUAUCACGAAGCACACAUUUCGACAGUACAGACUACUGGGGAAAGGAGGGUUUGGAGCGGUGUGGGCCUGUCAGGUGAGAGCCACAGGCAAGAUGUAUGCCUGCAAAAAGCUGGAAAAAACCCAUGUAAAGAAGAGGAAAGGAGAGGACAUGGCUCUCAAUGAGAAAGAGAUACUACAGGAACUGGACAGUCGCUUUGUGGUGAAUCUGGCAUAUGCUUAUGAGACCAAGCACAAUCUCUGUAUGGUUUUGACCAUGAUGAACGGCGGUGACCUAGGGUUUCACAUACAUCGCAUGGGGUCACCUGGUCUGACCAAAGACAGGGCACGUUUCUACGCUGCAGAAGUCUGCUGUGGUUUAAUUCACCUCCACCAGAAGUCAAUAUUAUACAGAGAUUUGAAGCCAGAGAACAUUCUCUUGGAUGACAAUGGACACAUCCGCAUCUCUGACCUGGGUUUGGCUGUGAAGAUGUCUGAGGGGAGUCUAGUACGAGGCAGGGUGGGCACACUGGGCUAUAUGGCUCCUGAGGUGAUCGGCUAUGAGCGUUAUGGAAUGAGUGUGGACUGGUGGGGCCUCGGGUGUCUGAUUUAUGAAAUGACUGCAGGUCGGCCCCCUUUCAGGGCCAAAGGAGAAAAGCCUAAAUCCUCAGAAAUGGAGAGAAGGAUUCAGAAUGAACAUGAAGAAUAUGGCAACCAGUUCAGCAAGGAGACAAAAGACAUCUGCUCCUUACUGCUGACCAAGGACCCCACAAAGAGACUGGGCUCCCAGAAGUCUGGGGGAAAAGAUGUAAAAUCUCAUCCUUUCUUCCAAGAGAUCAACUUUCGGAUGCUGGAGGCAGGAUGCGUUGACCCUCCAUUUAAACCUGAUCCCAGUCAGGUGUACUGCACUGAUGUACAGGACAUAGAAGAAUUUUCUACAGUGAAAGGAGUCCAUUUUGACCAGACUGACAUCUUCUUCUACUCCCAGUUCAACACAGGAAGCAAUUCCAUAAUUUGGCAAAAUGAGCUAAUAGAAACGGGAUGUUUUGAAGAACUGAAUGUUUUUGGCCCUAAGGGAUCUGCAUCUCCAGAUCUCAUCUGGUCCCAGGCCCCAGAGAGCCCCAAACGCAGCCUGCUGCGCCGAAUCUUUCGCAAAAACCAUCAUUCAGAUUCUGACGAAAGCAGAGAGAACCUGUUGUCCAGUGAGGGCUACAGCACAUCAGGAAUACAUAACUCUGCCCUGAAUCCCAGGAAAGUCUACAACAAAGACACCAAAAAACAACAAGUCAUUGUAGCAUCAAAGGGUUCUUCCCUUUAAAUCGCAGCACAGCAGGCAUUUGUGUUUUCAUUGUCUUCCUUACACCUAAUCUGUAUUAGCAUUUUCUGCUUCUCUCAGGUAAAACAAAUGAAUAAU